CAAUUGACGGCCCCGGCGGCUUUAAAAGUUUGUCAGCUCUUUGCAAUUGUCGACAGCUGAAACUUUCAUUAGGUAUCUUUCAUCAACCUCUUAUGAAUUAUUGCAUAAAAACAUCUCAUAGUAUAGGGUAGUUAACUACUGCUAAGUACCUCCUAUAAGUUGUCAUCACUCUUCAACUUCUAAAUUCUUGUCUUAGACUACUACAAGAGAAAGGCAAUUACCCAAUAUCAUAUCCCUACUAUGCGUGAGAUCGUCACCUUACAGCUCGGCCAGCAGAGCAACUACCUGGCAACUCAUUUCUGGAAUGUCCAGGAAUCCUACUUCACAUACGGUGCUGACGAGGAAUCACCUAUUGAUCAUGACGUCCACUUCAGGCCAGGUAUCGGAUCUGAUGGCUCUGAAACCUUCAUGCCUAGGACAGUCAUAUACGACUUGAAAGGAGGCUUUGGAACUUUGCGGAAGAUUAACGCUUUAUAUGACAUCGACGAUGAUGCGACUUCGAGUAGUUUAUGGUCUGGUCAGACUAUAGUACAAAGACAACAACCUAUAGAGGCGAGCUCGUAUCAACAGAGUCUCGACGCCGGUCAAGCACCGCCAAAACUAACCACGAGCACGGUGAGAUAUUGGUCUGACUUCAACCGCGUCUUUUUCCAUCCCAAGUCUAUUAUCCAGCUGAGCGAAUACGAGCUCAACUCGACCGUCAUGCCCUUUGAGAAAUGGCAUAUGGGGGAAGAGCUUUUUGGCUCGUUAGAUAAGGAGCACGACCUCUUGGACAGAGAUCUACGUCCAUUCAUCGAGGAGGCCGAUCAGAUGCAAGGUCUCCAGAUUAUGACAGGCCUCGACGACGCCUGGGCUGGCUUUGCAGCCAAGUAUCUUGAACGACUCCGAGACGAAUAUGGUAAGACCCCUAUUUGGGUCUUUGGGGCUCAAGAACCGAAUACAGGUUUGUCAAGAGAAAAGAGGCUAUUGAAGCUCGCGAACAAAGCGCGGGCUCUUACGGAAUUCAACUCACAAGCCUCACUUGUUAUCCCCCUGGCACUUCCGGAAAGCCCUCUACCAAGGUCUGUGCGGCUAGAUCCUGCAUCCACUUGGCAUGUAACUGCUCUGUUUGCUGCGGCUGUGGAGAGCACAACCCUAUACACCAGACUGAAGAUGUCUGACCGAGUCUAUUCGAGUAGCCUUGGGAACAUGGCUGACAUUCUCAACGUUUUUGGAAAGCAAACCAUCGCAAACUUGGAGAUGAGUGUAUCCGAGAUACAAAGCUCUACUCCGAACGGAAAUGGCACAAACGGCGUGAACGGACACAGCGAUGACAACCGGAUCGGACCCGUCCGAAGCCUACAUGGCACCGGUGUAGCUCUCUACGCUGAUUCCGAGGCCGGUUCGGAGAAAGGUGCCGCGACCUUGGAUAUCGACUUGUCCUCUCCUCAGGAUCUCAACCUUAACCAGGGCUAUAGAAGACGAAGGCGCCGCCGCAUAUUUAGCCAAGUUCUCGCCGACAGAGGACCAGAGAGCUCAGAGUCGGCUAAGAAUGACGACGAAGCAGAGAUGGAGGAUACGUAUGGCGUGCGACAUCGCCCGAAAGUGCACAACUACCGGUCGUCGGUCGCUUUCCCAAUCAUUGACAGCUACCCCAAGAUCUUCCGGGAUAGCUAUGACCAUCCAGUGAAGGAUCGCGUAUCUGUCCGGACGGCUUUGUCUACGGAUUCAACUGUGACGGAUAAAGUGAAAGCUUUGCGCAGCACUGUCAUCCGCUCUAUCGGCCUUGAAGACCGCGAGACCAUUGGCAAUGAACUUGCCGAGAUCGCUGACAGCUAUAAGGAGGGCUGGUCGAGUGAUAGCGAUGAUGAUAAUGACGAGGAGUGAAAAGCUCGACCUCUAGGCGAACGCGAAGGCACUAUACGAGCCUGGAUUAUUAUGCGUGGAAAAGAAAACUCACUGAUUCCACGACGCAAACAUCUUGCAAACUUCCCUAGGGUUACGGCCUGCCCGUUGUAGCAUCCCCUUGCAUUUGUCUGUGCCGACAUCUGUCAGGGGUUACUCUCAC